AUGUUUCUUUUAUUGUUCAUUUUAUUUGUUCAUUUUUUCAGUUUCUUUCCUUUUUUUUUUUCUUCUUUUAUUCCCUUUCUUCUCUCUUUCUCUUUUAUUUUGUCGCUUUAUUCUUUCUUUCUGAUAUUUCCUUUCUUUCUAAUGUUUUUUCUCCAUUUUGAUUUGUUCGUUUUCUCUUUCUUUCUUUAUUUGUCCCUUUUUUCUCUAUCUUUUCUCUUACUUUUUAAUUCGUCCUUUUUCUCUUUCUUUUUAUUUGUCCAUUAUGCUUUUCUCUUUCAUUUUUCUUUGUCCUCCUUUCUUUCUCUUUUUGAUUUGUCCUUUUUUCUUUUUUUUUAUUUGUCCUUUUUUCUUUUUCUUUGGUCGUUCUUUGUGAUUUUUCCUUUUUCUCUUUCUUUUAUAUUUGUCCUUUUUUUCUCUUUCUUUUACAUUUGUCCUUUUUCUUUUCUCUUUCUUUUUCAUUUCUCUUUCUUUUCUCUUACUUUUUGGUUUGCCUUUUUUUCACUUUCCGUUCUCUUUCUUUUUUAUUUAUACAUUUUUCUCUUUUUUAUUUGUCCUUUUUUUCUCUUUCUUUUCUCGUUCUUUUUCCUUUUUUUCUUUUCUCUUUGUCAUUUUUCUCUUUCUUUUCUCUAUCAUUUUUAUUUGUUUAUUUUACUCUUUCUUUUCAAUUUCUUCUUAAUUUGUCCUUUUUUUCACUUCCGUUUUCUCUUUAUAUUUGUCCAUUUUUUUUUAUUUCUUUUUUUUGAUCUUUCUUUUGUCUUUCAUUUUAUUUGUCCAUUUUCCUCCUCCUUUUCUAUUUCAUUUUUAUUUGUCCUUUUUUUUCUCUCUCCUUUUACUUUCUUUUUGAUCUUUUACCUUCCUUCUUUAUAUAUAUAUAUAUAUAGUUUCCUGAUUGCAUUUAAUUUAAUUUUCUUUUUCUCUUUUUUCAAAUUUUUCAAUAAUUUUUCUUCAUUUAAUACUUUCCUUCCUCCUCCCAACCUUUCUUCGUUUCUCCCUUCUUUUCACUCUUCCUUCCUUCCCCCUCUAUCCCACUCAACUUCCUUCAUCCUCUAUUCUUCCUUUCCUUCUAUUCGCCUCUUCCUUCCUUCCUUCCUUCCUUCCUUCCUUCCUUGUCUCCCUUCCUUUUCUUUUCUUCCUCUCUCUUUUACUCAUCCUUCAUUCCUUUCUUCUUUGCUUCUACUCUUCCGCCAUUUCUCUUCUUCUUUCUGCUCUUCUUUCAUUUCACUCUUACUUCUUUUUUUCCUUUCUUCCUCUUUCUUCUUUUCUUCCUCCUUGACAUCUUUCUUUCUUUCUUUCUUUCUUUCUCCCCGCCUUCUCGCCCUAUCCCUCUCUUUCUUCUCUGUCAUCCUUCAUUCAUUCAACGAUGCAACCAGCAAUUCACCCAAAACACUCACAACAAUUCCAAAAGCGAACUUUGGUUCCAUUUACAAAUCUAUCUAUCUAUCUAUCUAUCUAUCUAUCUAUCUAUCUAUCUAUCUAUCUAUCUAUCUAAAUUUGUUUCUCUAUCUAUCUAUCUAUCUAUCUAUCUAUCUAUCUAUCUAUCUAUCUAUCUAUCUCAACAUGGGUCUCUCGUCGAUGUCUUUCACCUGUGAAGACUGUAACGCGGUCUUCACGAGCCGCGACUCGUACGCAAUGCAUGUCAUGAUUCGUGCCAAGGACAAAUCAUGUCGGUCUGAAGUGUACGGUUCCGACAGCACCUUCGGCGGAAACGGCCGUAGUGAUGCAGCCGUCGGGGACAGCGUAGAAAUAAAAGCUUCUCUCCUCGGAUUACAACCGUCUAACGGCAAGGAUACCCUGAACUUAGUCGAGCAGGCCGACGUGCCCAUCUCGGAGAUUGAGAGCUGCAUAAAAGAAGUCAAACAGGAGGUGAUCUCCAACGAUGGCUCAAACAUAGGAAGCCCCGUUUCAAUGACCCCCAAACUAGUUGUCGUCAAAACAGAGCCAGAAAACAACAGCAGUAAUAGCAGUAAGGAGUGUUCCGUAAUGGAGAGCGGGUCAUCUGGCAUAGGCACCAUUCAGAGGCGACUGGUUCCCGGUGCCGACCACCCAAGCACAAGUCGUAGUGACAGUGCUAACACACCAGCCGUGUCAGUCCGCUCGUCUUCAAACUUGGGCAACACGAAAGCCUUGAUUAGUUCGCAUCAUGUUAUCUGUCUCUUGUGCGACUCGCAGUUCCUCGACCAAGAUUCGCUCGCCAUGCACAUGAUGUCGUUCCAUUCGGAAAACGUUGCCGUAACGCGAUCCCAAUCCAGCGCCUACAGAGAUCACAGCGCAGACAGUUCUUACUCGUCUUUGCAACACUUCGACCUCUCGCCACUGUCGCAUUACCGGCGAGGCUCCAUGCGCUAUAGGUGUGACGAAUGCGGAGUUGGGUUUGACAACGAAGACUUUUUGACUCUGCACCUGAUCUCUCACCGUCGGGGCAUACAAGCAAUCACAACAGCAAGUCUCCUGAACGAACACACAAGAGCUUAUUCGCAUAUGUUAGGCAACAAACGCAAGCGAGAGCAACACCAAACACAUUACAGUAGCGAUAUGAACGACAGUGGCUGGUCGCUUCCAGUUAAGAAACCGAUGUUACAGGAGUCAAAAGCGCACGAUAUUAAUCCCCUAGGCAAAGCCACACACUUACCCCUGAAAAACUUUUUAAACAAAUACUCUAAAGGGUAUAGCAAAACAAACGCCCUUUCCAGUGACCCGAUGACAUGUGAUGGGAGGUCCGUGAUGGGUAAACCUCUCUCAGUAGAUCAUUAUCGACGUUUUUAUGAACGCUGUGGUUAUUUUGCUUCGUCUACGAAUUUUCCGACCUCUUCAUCGUCAUCUUCCUCAACUGCCUCCACAUCAUCUCCUUCGAUGGCCCGCUGUGUUAAUGAUCGAAGCCAGAGCGUGCCAAAUGAAUCAAAAACAGAAGCUCAGAAGAGCGAUUUACAGAGACCGCAUUCGGUCGGCUUUCUAGAAAAAUGUCAGAUGGCACGAAAUAAAUACACGAAAGAAGCAAGAAGUGCCGACGACAUUGACCACAGAGGCAGUCGUGAAAUCUCGCCAAGAAUCAAGGACAGCGAGAGUCGGCUGAGAAAGUCCGGUGGCUCUACUGUGAUGCACGGCAAGGGGCAGACAGUCAGCGACUCCAGCAGCAAAGACAGAAACGAAGGCGAAACCGCCUUUUAUGAGAAGUGGUCAAACCCCAACGCCAGAAAAGAUAAAAACCAUUUGAUUAUUUCAGCUGUGAGGACAUUACCAGAACCUUCCCACGUUGGAUCGUUGACCGGAAGCGGAAAUGCACGAACUGAUGUUAUCUCCACGCAAGCUCAGCAGCAACAACAACAAGGUAAACAAGAACAUUGUGUUAGUUCUUCAAAUGGUUGCGACACAGCCUUCAGCGGUGUGGGUUCGAGCGCUGAUAUUCUGCGGGAACUGAAAGGUCGACUACAGGACGCCAUGAUGUGUAAACAUUGUGACGUCAUAUUUCUCAACCGAACCCUUUAUCAUCUGCACAUGGGACUCCAUAAUGUUAACAAUCCUUGGCAGUGUAAUAUUUGUGGACGGGCUUGUAACGAUGUUCAUGAUUUUACCGCUCACGUGAUACACUUUUGA